UACUACCUCAUGACCGCUGUGUUCCCCACAGAAGCGCUUGCCCUGAGCCGGGACCAUCUUGCAGAAGCGUCUUUUCCGCUCCACAAAAUAGGCGCAACGCCCAGGCUGAGGGGAAACCGCCACGGAAGGCUCCGCCGCCAUCUUGCUUCGCUGACAGUUCUGCUCUUCCCUCCCACCAGUCGCGAUAAGCCUUCCUCCUUUUUCCCCCCCGCGGGAGGCCGGCGCCAAACUCAAAGCGCAAGAUGGCAACGGAGACUUUGUUCAGCCAGUUGGUACCUGUCCAGGUGAAGUGCCAGGCCUGUGAGGAGAGGCGAAUAAAUGUUCGUGUGAGCAUUGAGCUACAAUCAACCACAAAUCCCAUUCAUAGAAAGGAUUUAGUUGUUCGGCUAACUGAGGAUUCCGACCCCUUUUUUCUAUACAACCUUGUUAUUUCUGAGGAAGAUUUUCAAAGUUUAAAACUCCAGCAGAGUCUUCUGGUAGAUUUUUCUGCUUUUCCUCAGAGAUUUAUGGACCUUCUUCAACAUUGUAUCCAAGAACAAAAUAAAGAUAUCCCAAGGUUUUUGCUACAGCUGGUUUCAUCAGGAUCUAACUUAGAUCACACUCCUGCUUUUUUAAAUGUGGUUGAGACAAACCCAUUUAAACACCUUAACCACUUAUCACUAAAAUUCUUACCGGGAAAUGAUGCAGAAAUCAAGAAGUUUUUGGCAACCUGUUUGAAAUGUGUCAAGGAAGAAAAGUUGGUGCUGCAACAAAAACUUAGCAAAACAGAAGAGGACCUUACCAGACAGCUGAACUAUACCCAGCAGAGCUUGUCAGAAAAGAGCAGGGAAUUGGACAAGUUAAGAAAUGAAUGGACAUCCAAAACAUCAUCUCUAACCAACAAACAUUCACAGGAACUGACAAAUGAGAAGGAGAAAGCUUUGCAGGCACAAGCACAAUAUCAACAACAGUAUGAGCAACAGAAAAGGGAUCUGGAAAACUUGCAUCAGAAAACAGUACAGCAGCUGCAGAAUAGGCUGAAGGAAUUGGAAAUUGCCAACAAGGACCUAAUGGAAAGGAGAUACAAAGGCGAUUCUACAGUCAGAGAACUUAAGGCGAAACUAUCUGGCAUAGAAGAUGAAUGCCAGAGAACAAAGCAGGAAGUUCUAUCUCUACGUCGAGAGAAUGCUACCCUAGAUGCUGAAUGCCAUGAAAAAGAAAAACAAGUUAAUCAGCUGCAGACUAGAGUUGCUGUUUUAGAACAAGAGAUCAAAGACAAGGAAGAGCUAGUUACUAGGACAAAAGAAGUUUUGGAUGCAACACAAGAGCAAAAGGCAAACCUGGAAAAAAAUACAGAAAAGAAACAAAUUCAAAUAGGAAAGCUAGAAGCAGCAGUGAACUCAGUAUCAGCUGAACUCCUUAAGGCCAAUGAAAUAAUAAAGAAAUUGCAAGGGGAUGUAAAAACUCUAAUGAGUAAACUGAAGCUGAAAAAUACUGUAACAAUUCAGCAAGAAAAACUCUUGGCUGAGAAAGAAGGAAAACUCCAGAAACAGCAAAAAGAUCUACAGGAAGCAGAAAGUUCUCUUCGAGAAAAAGAGCAAGAGGUGUGCAAGUUGCAGGAACAAUUGGAAACUACAGUACAGAAGCUGGAGGAAAGCAAGCAUCUUCUCAAAACUAAUGAAAAUGUCAUCACAUGGCUAAACAAGCAACUGAAUGAAAUUCAGAUGACAAGGAAGCAAGAGGUGUUGGGAACAUCUACUUCUCCUAGCAAUACCACUUCAAGAACUGGCAUUUCACCUCACAGUAUGGUUGAUAGCAGAAUCCCCUUUUUAAGCUCGGGACUGAGCUAUCCCAUCUCCCCCUUACUACCUUUUCAAAGCUUCCCAGAUACAGUGGCUAUGAAAAGCACCAACCAGCAAGCUUCAGGAACAAAGGUUCAAUUCAAUAUGCAGCCUCAAGAGACCAAUAGAUGUUCUGACUUGCAGCCACGAAUACCUGUGUUGAUUAGUCAUUCAACAAAUAAAGAGAAUGGUGAAAACAUGGGAUUGGAAGCAAAGUAUCUGAAGAAAAGGGAAGACAGCAUUCCUUUACGAGGGCUCAGUCAGAACACAUCUCACAGCACAGCAGGACACCAGAAGUCAACUGCCUUGAUAAAAACACAAAUACCAUCCAAAGCUGCAGCAACUUCCAAACCCUCUGCUUACUUCCCUGGAUAGUAGACAACAUAUUCAUUAUGGUAAAUUGUUUAUCAGCAGAUGUGAAUUUGUUGUGCUUAUAAUUUAAGUACACACCUCGCCUACAAAGUGUCAACAUUAACUUGUUCAAUAACAAUGAAGUACCUGAAAGAUUUCAAGACCUAAUAUUACUCUGGUCUGUUUAAACCAUUACACUUUAAUGUGAAUUAACAGAAAUUUCCUAACAAGACUUCAGACAUUGAAAGGACUAAAAUAGAUGAAAUAUGUACUCACCAACCAAUAUGUAUAGAAGGGAACUAGAUUUGAGUAUCCAUAACUGAGGUUUGCUGUCUCUCUCCCAGGCCAGAUGUGCCAGAUGUUUCUUCUAGGAUAUGGACCUCAGAAGCAAAGAAUGUUUGGAGCCUUUCUUCUUUAUUUCAAAUCCUGUCAAAGUUAUAUUGCACUUCAGCUGUGAAUCUUAAAUCAUCACCACCAGCUCCGAGUUACAAUAUUCAAAUUGAAAGUAUAUCAAGGAUGAGUUCAUACUCAUUCUUUGCAACACUUUUGUGGUUUUAGAGAAUACUUAAAUUUACUA